AACAACAACAACAACAACAACAACAACCGCAACACUAUCGUGGAAGACGUGGUCUCUCAUCCCUGAUGCAGCAACGGGAAAUGGCUGAACUUGUGACACAAGGAGUCCCACACGAGCGAGCACGCUUCACGCCACCUUUUGCUGCCUCUGAGCUCAGCGAAGAAGAGGGCUGGAACAUCCGAACUGCCGCAACAACACCUCCUCACCACACGCGAACAUCUGCUGGACUGCUGUGCGCUGCGGACGAGGAUGUGCUGCUUGCAUCGGCAGACAAACUCCUGGUGCCGUCGAUGUGCGAGGAGACGUGCCGCUUCAUCGCUGACGUGCUUGUUCGCGACUUUCCCGCCGAAGCGUUCAUGCUCUACCCUGCGCUCGUGCAGGCGCUGUUCAUCCCUCUGCAAGCAAACGCACCAGAAGGCGACAUAGCCGCCGACAAGCACACUUUUACGCAGCGUCGUCGCUGUGUUAUGCGAGCGCUCACCGCCAUCGCUUCCAAGCUCUCCACCACCCUCUCUGCGGAAUCAGACCCCGACAUUGCUGCGUUUCCACAUGUGGCCGCUCAGACCGUACUCUCCUUCUGCGAAUCAAUCUUUUCGCUCGUUCUUCCCAUCAUUGCGAGCGGAGACGCUGCCCACGGCCUUGCACUCCUGCGCGCGUGCCUGCCUCUUGUCAUGAGCGCUUCUUGGUCAAAUGACCUGCGACUGACCACGCUCACAAACGUGGUGGAAUUGAUAGCGAGCACAUUGCGGGCCGUUCUCGCCCGGCGACCCGUGUUGCUCUGCGGCCUUCCUUUACUGCACAUCUUCUUGGACGUUGUACACGCGCUGACUGUGGAGAGUGCGCACGUGUCUGAGAAUGUUGCCGUGCUGCUUGUUGCUGCCGCCUCAAACGACUGGCUGCAUCACGCUCUUCCACCGCUGAUGCCGCUCGCGUUGGCCUGCGCCCAUCAAGCGGGUGUUGACACGGCCUCCCUAAAACGAGCAAAUGCGUCUCGGGAAGCAGUCCAGGCCGCGUUUCGUGUGGUGGGCACCUUCGAUCAAACAUCGCCCCUCAAAAUCUUUGAAGGAGUGCUCGCACGAGGGCAACAAGGAUCAAAACGAAGGGCAUUUGCCCACUUGCGCCGGCGCCUGGCAGAUGCACAUGCCGCCCUGCUUGUGGUGGAUGACAUUUCAUCGUCAACAGCUUCUGCGUUUGUGCGGGCAGCCAUAGGGCUCGCUGCCUGCAUGCACACCGUGCCGGCCGACGCGACGGCAGCAACGUCUCUUGCACAAUGUCUGCUGUUGCAUCAUGACGAACGCGUUCGCCUCGCCGCCAUCACACAUGUGCAGCACCUCUUGCACACGCACGUGCUUGAGCGCAUUGUCCCCAGCACCAGCACAAAGUCCAAGUUUGUUCAGUCGCUUGUCCGUCUUCUCGCGCGCACUGAUGCGCUGCCCACGCUCGCCAUUCAAACCAAGUCCUUCUCCCAUCGACAAACCGUGCACCAGUUUCAUGCCCACACUUCCGUUUCCGGUGGCCACGCACAGGCGGCUCGGAGUGAGACGAGCGCUCUUGUCUCUGCAACAUUCAAACUCUUUGAAACGCUGGUUGGCACAGCGCAAGGCGUGGAGGAGCUGGAGCCACAAAUCCCAUGGCUGCUCUUGCUCCUGCACCCGCAACUCAGCGAACAGCUGCUGUCGCAAUGGAAGCCAUACAUUGCACCAGACGCACACACAACGGCGUGGUUCUUUCUGUGCUGCAUGACAUCUUCUCCAAUGCUCGCACACUGGGCAGCGCAGCUCUUGCCUCCACAUGAGACUGGAGCUGCGAUAUCUUGGAAGGAAUACAUGACUAUGCUGUCAGCACCGCUUCAAACCAACCCUCACUCUCGCCUUCAUGGGGUGUACGAUGCAGCUGGAUUUGGACGACUGUGCGAUAUGAUUGUGAUGCAUUUGGAGAGCAAUCAACCCCUCACUAGCACGCACGUGGAAGCACUGACCCAGGUGUCCAAAUUCUUGGAGGAUGGCACAUUGGUUGGGACUGCCAUGCGGAAACGCAUGCACACGGUGUGCUUGCUGUUGCUCUCGGACACAGCCACACAAGCCCGUAUCCCACAAGGCAUGCUGGAAGGAGCGCUGGACGCGUGUGCACAGGUUCUCCUGUUGAUGAUUGAUGCCCUCGUGUCGGAGAAUGCUGCGCCACUGGCGUUGCUCUAUCGAACACUCGUCAAGGUCACACAGGCCGCACCCGUCCUCGUGCAUUUUCCACGAGCGUCGUCGUCGGCAAAAACAUUGACGGUGGCUCUGGUGAGCCGCAUCUUGUGGCAAGACUACGACGUCGACAGCGGGUUUCUGUCCCCGGAAUGCCUUCACGUGCUUCGAACAGCCGUGCGCUCCCCUUUGUUCUGGACGCACAUGAGCUCAGUCAGCGUUGGAGGCACAACAACACAGCAGCAGAGAUCGCUGCUCACGACUGAGCAGCUCUUGCUCGUACUUGGACCUGAAGCAAUACAAUGGAUCCAAGCCCGAGCAGCACAGCCGACGUCGCAAUCGCCCUUGCGUGACGUUUUGAUCCACACAGCACCUGCCUCCACACGCCAGCAGCAGCGGGAAUCGGCCACGCCAUUCCCCCAGUGCGUGCGCAAGACAGAACUUCUCAUGCGACACAAAUCGCUCGACGCCAUCCAGGAGCUGGUGUCCCGACAGCAAAUUUCGUUUCCCGCACACAUCUCCCUCGAUGAGGACGUGCUGAAGCUCGUGACAGCCGCUGCAACCGCCACGCCAUGCAUGCAGCACCUGGAACGCUGGGCCGUCGGGGUGACAGAUAUGCUUGCGUCGCAACUGCACGAGCCACACUCAUGGCGGGCACGCGAGCAAGCGGGCAGCCACCUUCCCUCUGAGGAGCAAAUGGCUCGGCUCAUUGAUCGGUUCACGCUGCUGAUGCAAACUGAGCCCAGUCGCCCAGCCACAUGUACGCCGGCUCUUGCCAGCCUAUUGCGCUCUCUCGUCCGGCUAUCGACGACAGCGGCGACAACAGCAGCUGUUGUGCCUGUUGCGAGCUCUGCACGUCAUCCCCACACGGCACUGGGCAGGUCACGCGCGCGCUUCUCCGCAUCAUCACUGUCAUCAUCGCGGUACGCUGGCGAAGAAGACACGAGCGGCAUUCCAUCGACCCAAACAUCGCUGCGCGCGGACACUGCCAACGCGGCGGGCAGCUCAGUGCCUACCUUUGUAUCACAUCUGUGCACCCUUCUUGAAGCCAUCUCCUCCUUUGUGGACACACUCUCAACCAACGAUGCCGACAAUCAGAAGCAUGCAGAAACAAACGGCCAGCAAACGCUGUCGUCCACAGAGACCGCACCAUGGCGGCGACGGUGCGUGCGACGCCUGUGCCGGGUGCUGGACGCUGCGGCUGCCGACAUUCAGCGCCUCAUCUUGCGGGCAAUGAAACGUGGCGAGAGUACAACAGCUGGCCAGGCAAGUGCUGGUGGUGGCAAUGAAGGCGAUGAGGAUGGGUUCCGCAGUGCUGCUGCUGCGAUGAGCGGCGCAAGCAGCGCGGCCACAAGCGCCCGCUUCAUCUCAGACACCCUGGCCGCAGCAGCAGCAACAACAACUGCCACAACACUACCACCCACAACAUCGCAGACGCGUGCACGCCAGCUUGGCACAUCGUUUGGCGUCUGGCGCGCAAGUGCCACAACUAGCACCUCCUUUGCGACGACGGACAGCGACAGUGUCCCCCAUCACGGUGACAACGAGGAGGCUAAUGACGACACCUCACGAGGCAACGUUGGUGGCGAGCACGUGUUGAACCGCAUUGUGCAUGCGUUGCUGGAUUUGGAGCUCGCUGUUGUUGCUGCAUGCGGCAGGCUGAGGGUUGCUGCCCCGGUGGCACGGCUUCGAGAGCAGGCGCUGGUCACGCUUCAGGUUGCGCUCAACAACCCACACUACUUUGAUCUGUUCGUUCUCGGGCGUGCGGUAGCCAUGACGCAAGCCAUCUGCCAAGCCGAUGGCCCAUUUGCACAUGGCAUCAGCACGAAGCUUGCUGCGCGCAUCAUCAACCUAGUUCUACCCAUCAUGCACCCUUUCAUGGACACGACGCAAAAGGCGUGGUCUGGCACGUUCAGCUUCAAGGAGAAGGGUCACUUCAAGGCCACACUGAGCAUUCUCGUCAGCUGCUUGCAGGCAAUCCGGCGAAACACACACACUACUGGCCCCUUCUCGUCAUCGUCGUCCUCACACCGACCUGGCACCCAUGAUGAAGACAACGGCGGUGGCAAUGCGGAUCACACAUACGCGGUGGAUGGAGCAUCAUCCCAGCGUGAAGGUGGUGCCAGUCGUCGGCGUACACGCGCACAACAGCACCAACAGCAACGGCUACACGCCGCUGGACGAGCAUCCACAGCAUCAGCAACGAUGCUGCCACGCCCGGGCGAGCCACGAUUGCGUGAGCGCGGGUCGGCGCUUCGGAAAAGUGGACACGGCAGUCAGCGCACACAUUCGAAGCAAAACGCCCUGAAGAAGCAUUUCAUGACGCAACCGUCCCCGCUGGGCACGUAUACACUAUCAGCGUCACGACACCGGCAGUCGCGUGGUCAUGCUGGCGGUGGUGGUCACGACCGUGGCGGAGGGAAACGAGGAAAGAGCAAGAGCGCUCGGGGAAGACACGACAGCACCCACACGCAAGAUGUUGAUGUGUUGCAGCUGUUUACCCCUUCGUCGCCGGCCUUCCAGCAACAGCAAGCGAACAGCGACGCGUCCAACGCAACACCAAGCGCAGGCGCUUCCUUGUCAUGGUUGUUCGUGCUGAUGCAUGACAGAGACGCCGUGUUGGCGGCGCUUGCUCUGCAGUUGUUUGCAUCUCUCGCCAGCAGCAGCCCGCUGGCGCUUCGACAGCUGUUGCGAUGCACGCUGCCUGCGUCAGCUGUGUUUGGCGAAGGCUCCGACAACUCGGGUGCCGGUCCCAGCGCGCGUGGCGGGAGUGGUGCUGAGGAUGAUGGCGAUGGCAAUGAGCACGCUGAGGACGAUUACAGUGGGGCGUCCGUCUCCGCGGUGGAUGUGCUGUUCUCUCUGCUGUACCGGCGCGACGUGCGGCCGUGCGUGCGCGUUGCAUGCAUGGAGGCACUGUCAUCGCUCGCCUCGCGCGUGCUGCUGCCACUUCCUGCUGAUGCCUGGGCGGCCCUGCAGCAGCCUGGGGAUGUUGACAGUGGUGAUGAUAAUGGUAAUGGCAAUGGUGAUGAUGAUGAUGAUGAUACUACCGCCGCCGCUGUUGCUGCGAGCGUGAACGACGUCUCUGUGGGCGAGGGUGGGCGAAUGAUGACAGUGCGUGUGCGAACACACCGCGUGUUUGGGGCCAUGCACUUCUUUGAUUCGCUGCCUGCGCUGUGUGACGUUGGCCUGGGCGAGGAGGGGCUGAGUCUGUUCUGCACAACUGUGCACGGUUUGCUGCACCACCACGGUGCGCGGCUAUUUGCGCGGGCACACGUGUGCACGGGCGUGGAUGUCCUGCUACGCACGUGCUGGUCACAGUUGCAUGUGUCAACAGCGGUGGAGAGCUCAACAAGAGAGAACGGUCAUGGAAACCCCCAUGACAACUGCGCGCACACGUUUGAGGCGACGAUCCGCUCCCCCAUGACCGUGACAGACACGCUGCUGUCUGCCACGCUGCGCCUGUGCCGGGCUGUGUACGCUGACAUCAACGCGCCCUAUUGGCUUCGCCAGGGGACGCUGUCCCGACUGCGGAAGUGGUGUUCCCGCCACCUGGCGACUACAUUCAUUCGCAUGGGCCAACUUGUGCAACUUGCGGUGCCCACAACACACGAGCAAGUGCAGCAGCUUGUGCGACGCGGGUCUGUGAGUGUACGCGAACCAGUGGCAGCAUCGUCUUCAUCUUUCGAUCAAUCACAAAACCGCACCUCCAGUGUUGGAGCAAGCACUCACGGCGAGGCAGAUGGUGGUGGUGGUGGGCACUGGACUGUGGAAGGCGCGGAGAUGGGAGGCGGACAAGCGGGCACUGCAACACGUACGACGGGGGGUGAUGAUGCGUUUGAAGAAGCCGCAGUGCAAGUUCGCGUGGAGUUUGUUCAGCAGCUGUUGGCGCUGACGUCAGACAUGUGCGCGUGCGCAUGCCUCUGUGUGCAGGAGCCCGACGUGCGGCGCUCUCUGUUGCAGCAGCACCGCAGAGGCGACGGAGCCAACACGAGAGCUGGGAAUGGUGGCGCUGAAGAGGAUCUCCACUUGACGACAGCAUAUGAUGUGUUGGAAGCGGCAGCUGUGCACGUUCCCGAGUUUCUGCGCGUGUGCCGGCGACUGGGUGCUGGUCUUAUUCCCGCGCUGACUGUUGGCUUGCCACGGGCUGAGGUGCAAGGCUACGUGAGCUCCCUCACGUUCACGUUCCAGCAAUGCACGGGCAUGUUACACGUGCUUGUGUGCCAGUUCCAGCCCGCCCACUGGCUGGCACUGCUUGAGAACAUGCCUCACCUCGCACAACAAUAUAGCCACCAGGAGCAACAGCAGCAGAGUCAUCGAUAUCGACACAAUGGUGGUGGUGGCAUUGUCCUGGCUGGGACCAAAGAAGGCGAGAGUGGUGGUAGCGAGGGCGCAGCACAGGAAGAACCAGCAUCAUCAUCAUCAUCAGCAGCAGCAGCAGCAGUGUUGUCAUCUGCGCAAUUGGUUGGCCCACCCGUUGUCGAUUUCAUGCUACACGAUGUGCUGGCCAACCUGCAGUCACUGCGACACCUGUGGGACGAGUGUUUCGACAUUGGGGACCUGGGCGGCGCGCGCACGCAUCUGUGUGGGCUGCUGUCCCAGUUUUGCGUGUUUGUGCAAGGGCUAUCGGACACGCAGACGCUGGAGCCAAUUCGCCAGCUGUGUGCGGCGUCGCUGCGACGCCUGAAGGAGCAUGAGCAGGACGCGAUUGCUCGACACGACAACAUGCGGCUGGCUCGCGUACGCACUGCCAUUCACGACACGCUCCGCGUCAUCACGUGCUGCUUGUAUCACGACCCGGACGAAGCGUGCACUGUGGACGCGCUCACGCCGCUCAUGUCUGCGCUCGAGGGAGCCCACACAUGCUGCAGUGGCACAGACACCCUGCGUCAGGGGUGGCUGCGUGCGGUGACGAGCGUGCUUGCCACGGUGCAGGCCAUCGACUCUGAGGCGCUGGCUCAGUUUGAAGAGGUGAUUCGGCUUGUCCUGAAGCGGUUUGCCUCGGCUGCCGUGAAGGCUGAGGAAGCUGCCCUCAUCCUGGGGCUGUGCAAGCACGUGUGUGCCUGCUCCAAGUUCCGCCCGCUGCUGCAGAGCGAGCGCAUGCUGGAUGUGAUUCGCGACAAGUGGCUCAAGGUCAGCUUGGCAGCAGGUGGAAACGGUGGCAACAAAGCGGCGAGCCGGCGAAGAGGUUCAGUUCACUCCCACGGCGAAGGUGUGGAGCGUGGUGAACACGGUUCUGGUGGCUUUUCACAAGCCGGCAAUGGCGGUAGCAGUGGUAAUGGCGGUAGCAGCAGCGGGGUUGGUCCACCAGAGCUGCAGCUUCAGCUGUGUGCGUUCUUGGCGACAUACACGUUGUACCCCGAAGGCCGCGUGCGUGUGUCGCGGCUGGCAAUCACGGACGGCGUCAUUUCGCUCACGUCUGAGAAGCGGCAUCCGACGGUUGCGCUGACGGCGCUUUAUGCGCUCCGGAACAUGUGCUACUACACGAGCACCACGCUGCCCACGGCUGCGCUUGUGCGGUGCUUUGCAAAGCUGCUUCGCCGCAGCAGUCGCGCAAGGAGGCGCCAUCCCAGGCACGCGCCGCAGGACGGUUCCGGAAGUGCAGGUGCUGAUGACGACGUGCAGAUGUUUGUGCGCCAGCAAACGAUUGCGCUGUGUCGCGAUGGCUUGGCCGCACUGCAGCAGCUGCACCACAAGGCUUUCAAGGCCCUGGCGACACUUCCCGAAACAAUCCGUCUCGACAAGUGUGCGCUCGUCAACUUUGAGUUUCUCGAGGCGCCAACCACCACGUCGCAGUAUCUCCUCACCGCCCACAAGGGUGAGUUCUUCCAGCUUGCGCACAACACCACGGAGGCGCCGUUCAGUCCACCGGCCAUCCCCGCCCCAGCAAAAGCGACACGCAUGUUCUAUGUCGCUGUCUCAGCAUACACCGUCGAGACGGCCGGGUGGGUGUAUGGGCAGUGCGGCGAGCUCGACUUUCUCAUCACUCCCAGCGACGUGCCAUCGGACUGGCCAUUUGGCCUCAACACGUCCAGCAUCGGGAAGCUGCUGCCACAGCUGCAGAAGAAGUACCCCAACCGCCCCAUGGACAUCAAGUUUGAUGCACAGGAGAUUCCGGUGCGUCUCGACGUGCGUCCGUCGGGCGGCAGCGCGUAUCUCUUCUUCCUCCUCACUGCCGAUGUUGUGGACAAGGACAACAAGAAGAUCCCCGUCUUCUCCAUGAAUGUCACCGUGAAGGCCUCCGCCAAUGCGUGGGUGACGCCGGACCAUUACUUGCACGGCAAUCUCACGUUCCUCAACGUGAACCUCACCCUCGUGUCCACGCAAAUUGGACCCAUUGAUGUCAGCGUUCUCGACAGCGUCAUCGCAUUCUUCUGCCAGGAGGCGCUUGUUCCCGGCAUCAACAAGGCGAUUGCAAAAGGACUGCCCAUUCCAACCAUUGAUGGUGUGGAGUUCACGAACACCCAGGUCGUGUUUGACAACGCAUACCUGCUCAUUGACACAGACAUCAAGUAUGUGCCGCCAUCCUACCUCGGCUGGGACCACAUUGGCGAGGAAUGAGCAAUGCAUGCAGCUCCGUGUGCGCUCGUGUGCACUUGUGCAUGUUCAUGCGUGGUGCACGCGCACACACAUGCACAUACACGCGCACAUGCACACACAUGAGCGAGCGCCACAUUUCCCCACUACCACUCUUGCAUCUUCGCACACCCCCUUCGUUGAGAACGACAACGUGCCCUUUGAGUUCUGCCCUUCUCCGUUUGUGUGCACGCCCUUAUGCCGUUAGUAGCACAGCCCCUUUUAUCAAAUCAACCGACACCACUUGUAGUUCACAUGUGUGCACUAUGCAUUAUAGCGUGCGCGCUGCUCGACUUGUUAGUUUGCUUUGUGCACGUUCCAUGCAGCGAUGCGACGCAUGUAUCCACCAAUCCCCACCCCACCCAUCCCCUUUCUUCCUGUUUUCUGUGACUUCUUGUCACUGUUACGUGUUCACUUCUUCAACUACAACAUGCCUUCGUC